AUGCUUCACUUCAAAAGACUUGCCCCACUUGCUAACAGAGUUUUAGUAAGAAAAGCUGAACCUCUUCAAAAGACCAAAGGUGGAAUCAUCAUUGCUGAUGUAGCCAAGCAUGAACAGUUCUUCGGAGAAGUUGUUUAGACAGGACCAGGUUUGUUGCUCAACAAUGGAGUGUUCAGAGAAAAUGUAGUCAAGGUUGGUCAAACCGUACUCCUUCCUGGAUAUUCAGGCCAAAAGAUCAAGCUUGCUGAUGAAAAUGAGUAUUACCUUUACAGAGAUGAUGAUGUCAUUGGAGUACUUGAAGACCCAGCUAAAAUUUGA